AUGGAAAAUGAACUUGCUGCCAUUGUGAUUGACUGUGGUUCUGGGAAGUGUAAAGCUGGCUUCGCUGGUAUGUCACUUAUAAGCAACGCCCAAUCCCAACGCGACAUCCUCACGCUCAACUACCCAGUCAAGCGCGGUAUAAUCACUAACUGGGACGACAUGGAAAAUAUCUGGCUCCACAUUCUCCACAGUGAACUUCAUACGACACCAGAAGAACACCCCAUCCUCAUCGCCGACACACCACUCAACCCCGAUUCCAACCGCGAGAGGACGGCGCAAAUCAUGUUCGAAACUUUUAACGUGCCCGCUCUGGCCAUGUCAAUCGAAUCAGUAUUAUCACUUUACGCUACUUCAGCGAGGACGUCGGGGGUGGUGCUAGAAUCCGGAGACGGUGUGACGAGCACUGUACCUAUAUUCGAAGGUUAUCCUUUGAGACAUGGGAUUUUGAGGUGGGAGUUUGGUGGAAACGACCUUACGGAACACCUCCUCAAGUCUCUGGGUGACCGUGGAUCCUACGUCCAUGGUGAUGUUCUGACGGAUAUCAAGGAGCAGUCGUGCCACGUCGCGUUAGACUUUGACCAGGAACAAAUUGCUCCGGAAAAGACUCACGAGUUGCCAGAUGGAAAGGCCAUUAUUCUCGGGAGUGAGCGGUUCCGUGUCCCCGAAGCGCUCUUCAAGCCCCACCUCGUCGGCGAAGAUACACCUGGCGUCCACGAAAUGAUCCACAACUCGAUUAUGAAAUGCGAUGUCGACGUUCACCGUCAGCUGUACAGCAGAAUAUCUCUCUCCGGUGGGACGACUAUGCUCUCCGAAUUUGCCGACCGAAUGGCGAAGGAAGUAGAAGCGUUGGCGCCAGUUGGAAUGAGGUUCAGAAUCGCUGCCCCCGACUAUCGCAAGCACGCUGUCUGGAUUGGUGGAUCCAUCCUCGCCUCGCUCAGCACCUUUCGUGGGUUCGCUUGCAGUAGGCAAGAGUACGAUGAGAUGGGGCCUAUCGUCGUUAACCGCAAACAGUGGCACUGA